AGAAAAUGUGAUACUAUUAAUGACCUGUGGAACAUCUUGUCAGAUUAUGCGUGCGAUAUGUUCUUCGUACCGACGAAUUUGAAUGAAUUCCUUUGGACAGAAAAGCGCACCGCUCGCAGUGACCGACUAGCCCUAACCACAUGCCUCGCGGCGCCGGAAACGGAUCAGAUCAUCAACGCCAAGCAGCCACGCCUAGUCUUGUCUAUAAAAAUUCUAACGUGGCUUCCCUGUCACGAGUACUGUAGGUUUCGGCCAUGGUGCGCCCCUGCGUGGGACAUCGCUUGAAGUCUUGGACGUCUAUACCUGUCUCUUUCCCGUUCUCUGCUACUAUCCACCUACAAUGUCGUCUUCGAGGCCCGACAGUCUUGCAGAUCCAUUCGUGACGGCGCUCAACACUCCUUUGGACCUUAGUCAAUCCCUAGAACCCCCUAGAGCCUCUUAUCUGUCCCCAAGCUCAGAGACUGCCGUCAGCCCGCGUGAUUCGUACGCUGAUACACCAGAUAACGUCUCUCCAUUGGUGCCAGAGAACGAAAAACGCGAUGCCAUAGCUUAUACCCAAGAAUCGAGAGAAGAACCUGUGUUGAGAAAACGAUCUAUCCUUAGGCGCCCUCUAUUUUGGCUCAUCGCUUUCGCCGCCCUUACUAUUGUCGUCCUCGCUGUCGUUCUCCCAGUAUACUUUGUUGUUAUCAAACAUCACAAUAACAGUACCGUUGGAACUUCUGCCGGUGGGUCAGGUGACGGCAACGGCAAUCCCCCUCCGCCUGGAACAACUACGACCGGGGGGAACGGCUCCGUUAUCACAACAGCUGAUGGCACAAAAUUCACUUACCUGAAUCCCUUUGGAGGCAUCUGGGUGGACAACCCAAACGACCCUUUCAACAAUGGGGCUUAUCCUAACUCCUGGACCCCUCCGCUCAACUCUAGCUGGACUUGGGGAGUAGACAAGGUUUAUGGUGUCAAUCUUGGCGGACUUUUUGUCUUAGAACCCUUCAUUACACCUGCCCUUUACCAGAAGUAUCCGGGCUCAGUUGACGAGUGGACCCUGAGCACGCUUAUGGCGGCAGAUACAGCCAGCGGCGGACUCCAACAAUUAGAGACCCACUACAAUACCUUUAUUACCGAGCAGGAUAUUGCGGAAAUUGCUGGAGCUGGACUGAAUUGGAUACGUUUGCCUAUUCCUUUCUGGGCAGUUGAGAAAUGGGACUUCGAGCCCUUCCUCGAGAAAGUGUGUUGGCCCUACAUCCUGCGAGUCCUUCAAUGGGCAAGGAAAUACGGGAUUAGAGUGAAUCUCGAUCUGCAUACCAUCCCUGGAUCUCAGAACGGAUAUAACCACUCUGGCAAAUCCGGUUCUGUCAACUUUCUGAAUGGAGUCAUGGGACUUGCCAACGCCCAGCGUGCGCUUGAUUACAUAAGGAUCAUUACUGAAUUCAUAUCCCAGCCUGAGUGGGUUGAUGUUGUCCCUGUGUUCAGCAUUGUCAACGAGGCCCUGCUCUCCACCAUUGGGACAGACCAAAUCAUAUCAUUUUAUCUCCUUGCGCAUGACAUGAUCCGCAAUAUCACCGGUUACGGAGAAGGGCACGGGCCUUACAUCGCCAUUCAUGACGGGUUCUUAGGGACGGCAGCUUGGGCAGGCUUUUUACAAGGUUCUGAUCGAAUCAUACUUGACAUCCAUCCUUACUUUGCAUUCGAUGCUCAGACUGAUUGGCCACCCAUUGCGACUGGUACUGGUUUAAGCGCCGGAGGCAUUUGGCCACAGCAGGCGUGUAGUGCAUGGGGUCCUGACAUGAAUACCAGUCAGACCGCAUUCGGUGUAACCAUCGCGGGCGAAUUUAGCGAUGGCUAUAAUGAUUGUGGACUGUACCUCACGGGUGUCGGGAAUACUGUCAGCUAUGGAACGUCGUGUUCUCCCUUCUUAGACGCUUCGCAAUGGAACAGCAGCAUGAUAGCUGGUCUUAAUGAAUUUACGCUGGCUAGUAUGGACGCUUUGCAGAACUGGUUUUUCUGGACCUGGAAGGUCGGAAACUCAUCUACGACCAAUAGUGUCCAGUCUCCCCUGUGGUCUUAUCAGUUGGGUCUCCAGUAUGGAUGGAUCCCUACUGAUCCGCGUACUGCCAUAGGCACUUGUGCAGCGUUGGGAGUGACUGGCCCACAAUUUAAUGGGGUUUAUCUACCCUAUCAGACAGGAGGUCCUGGGGCUGGCACCAUCGUUGCGGCCUCAGUCACAUCUUAUGGCCAGUAUCCACCAACACCUAUCAACGGUCUUACAGCUGGAGCAAUCCAAUCCCUUAUACCCACCUACACAUCCACUAGUGCAGUUCCAACUCUUCCGCCUCCCACCCUCUCUCCGAGUCCUUCUCCAUCUGUCAACGUUGGGAACGGCUGGUUCGAUUCGAGAGAUACGGGUUUAGCGCCAACGCAAGUACAGGGUUGCACCUACCCAAAUGCAUGGGAUGCUGUUAGUUCACCCAUGCCCACGGCACUUUGUCCUUCUACAGGUGGUGCCACUCCCGUCACCCCGCCCACUCCCGUCACCACGUCCAUUUCCGUCACCCCGCCCACUCCCGUCCCCACGUCCACUUCCGUCACCACGACUUCCGCCACCACGUCACUCGCCUAGCCGUUGGCUGUCAAAAAACGGCGCAUCAGGAACCCUUGGCAUUACGGUGCCGAGUUUCUGCGCAGUCAAGCGUUCUAUGGAGGCGCCGUUGAGCAUGCCAAGGUAAUCUGAAUGUAGUCGGCCGCCGGCUUUCUUGACGUUACUCGGACAUUGUUGUUUUGGACAUAUUAUGCGAGGGCUGACAGACUGUUAUUUUUAUCGUAUUCUAGUCCUCGAUUGCUUAUCGCAUUGCGUUUGUUAUUGCCACAGUUAACGUUUUUGUAUUUAUGAGAAUUAACUGAGAACUCUGACCAUUGACU